GUCACCAUCCAGUCAGAACUUUACUACUAUUACUAAAAACAAGGAAGUCCAAUUGCCUCCUAAAAAAGCACCUUUGGGAGAGCCAUGACUUGGAGGACUGAGAAUCUCCAUAGGCAUGCUGGACCAGUGUAUGCCCUCAGCUUUCAGCCACUCAGGAUGUGAUCUACAGUUUGACGAGGGACCCCACAGUCACACUGAAGGGAGGAUGCUAUGACCCGUUGGUACAGAAAGUCCUAGAAGAUGCCAUGUGAGGUGUACAUGCUCUUCAGGAUUGUCCACGCUGAGAAGGGUCUAAGAAAGAAACCGAUAUAUCAAAGGGGUUUCUCCGUUAAAAAAACCCCCAUCCAUUUGGGUGUGGGGCCAGAGGAUAUUCUUCUUCCCAUAGACAGCGCAGAAAUUGGGGUCCUGGCUUUGGCAUCACCUGGCUGAAUUCCAGCUUGAAGCUGCUGACACAGAAAGGUAGAAAACGAAGAAGUACAUCUUCAGCAUGCUGGAGGUGAGAAGCAAGAGAGAUGUUCUUCUGUAGCACCAAAGCCACCAACCGAGGUUGAAGGACCGAGACCUUGGUCUUGAAGGAGGUGAUGACCCAUCUUCAGGGUAAUCUCAUCUCUCAAGAAAAGCAGCACUGGGAAAACAAGGGAGUAAGAGUAAAAACAAAAACAAAAAACCCCACUCCAGAAGAAUUUCCUCAUUCUCAAAAGUUCUGGGUAGCUUUGGGCUGGCUUCUUCCGUACCGACACCCUGUUGACAUUUACAAAGCAAACCGAAUAAUCUUUUUCUGGAAAAAGAGAGGUUAACAAAUGACUGAAGUGGCGUUUCUGGUGUUCCCUUGGGGGGGGGGGGAACUCAGCAAAGGACGUCCUCCUGGUUCAGAUUUUGUUGAGUUGGUUUGCAUCUGAAGCCUCUGAGGGGAAAUCCCCAGGAAACACACAGAGAGACUCUAAUCAAAUGAAGGACUCAUAAUAAACCCCAGAAGUAAGGGCCAGGGGCACAUCUAGAUGGCACGAAGGAGAUGACCAUCAGCAAAGAGAAGUUCAGCUCAGUUCAGCAGCAGGGGGGAAAUUAGACCACCCUGGAUUAAGACGUGCAUUUUCGACGGAUCAUGCAAUCGUGUUCGAAGGAACAGUAUUGGGAUGGUCUUCUGGGUAAUUGUGUGCCUUGCAAAUACGCUUGCCAACCACUCAAAUCCCAGGGAUGCGCCGAUGUCUGCAGCUCCAUGGAGUGCAACAAGCAAGUGGGCUCCUACUAUGACCAGCUCCUGAGAGAAUGCAUCAAAUGCUUCAGCAUCUGUGGACAACACCCCAAACAAUGCGCGCCUUUCUGUAGAAAACCCUUUGCAAGCUCUUUACCAACUCCAGCUGCUCUCCAGCCUCUUCAGCGCAAACUGGACGCCACUUUCGACCAACAGGUUUUUCUCUACGUGGCCCUGGGCUUCUCUUUUUGCAUUCUGCUCCUCUCCUUCCUGUUGACUUGGAUUUACUUUAAAAAAAGGGGGGACAAGAAGUUCUGUCGAGCCAGCUCAGCGUCUUGCCAUAAAAAGGGAGAUCUUCCAAAAGAUGGUCUCAUGGAAGCGGGAAGCUUCGGAAGCGAAUCUGGAGGGAACCAAACUCCGGAUCCCGUUGAAACCUGCGGCUUCUGUUUCCCCGAAGUGAGUGCUGCCAUCCAGGAGACGCGAGCGUGCCCGAGGCUGUACCAGCUAGAGAUGCUGGCGGAAGUUGCUGCUGCUACCCCUGGCAGAACGGUGCCCGCCUCCUCCGAAGACUGCCAUUUCCCAAUUAUAUGUUCCCCCUCCCAAGAAAAGAUGCAGAUGAGCUAAGCCAUAAGCAAUGGAGGACGGCAGGAACAUGACUCGCCCCCCCCACCUCCGCGUAAGGAAGCUGCUUGAAUUGCUGAGGUCUUGAAUUGUAAGGGCCUGUUUUACAGCCCCCCCCCCAAAAAAAUGUUUGCCAGAUUGUUCACUGGCGGGCAUGAAAUUCUCAGAUCCUGGUGGACAUCAGAGAAAAAUGCUUCAAUAGACCUCCUUGAGGAAAAGAGCUUAUACAGCUAGUCCUCGCCUUACGAUCACAACUCAGCCCCAAGACUUCGGUGGCUAAGGGAGAGGGCCGUUCAGUGGGCUUUGCCCCAUUUUACGACCUUCCCUGCCACCGUUCUUCAGUGUAUCGCUGGACUUGUUAAAUUAGGACUACGGUUGUGAAGUGGCUUCCCUGUGGACCAAGGGGUCUUCAAACUUGCCCCCUUGAAGACUUCUGGUCUUCAACUCCCAGAAUUCUGGCUGGCUGGGGGAUUCUGGGAGUUGAAGUCCACAACUCUUAAAAGUGGCCAAGUUGGAGGAUCCCUGCCGUGGACUUUCGCUUGUUGGAAGGCCGCCAGAGGGGAGCACGUGACCCCGGGACUCUGCAACUGUCAGUGGCCAAGCGUCUAAAUUUUGAUCACGUGACCGUGGGGAUGCCGCCAUGACGGUUCAGUGUCAAAAACGGGCGUGUGUCCUUUUGUUCGGUGAUGUGAUAACUUCGCACGGUUCACAGAAGGAACUGUUGCAAGGCGAGGACUAUCUGUGGGCUGUGAUUCGUCUUGCUAGCUGUAUCCUGUCGCGUUUGUGCACACUUCGCUCUGUUUUUGUUUGCUUGGCUUGCUUAAAAGAAGGGUUGCUAAGUCGAGGACCUACACGCUAUGUCCCUUUCUUGGAUUUUCAGUAAAAAAAAUUGGGAGGAAGAUUUCCAAGGCAGUGGUAUUUCUAAGUGGUCCCAUUCUUCCUCCAUUGAUCACGUUUUUAGACCUGAAGGGCUACGAAUUGCUAAGAGGCAAAAAAAAAAAAAGAGAGCCUGAAUGCAGAAUUUGGGGCCUUUGGAGAUCUCAGAAAAGGACUCUGGGAGAAGGGGAUACAGAAGACAGAAUACUUAUUCUGUAUUCAUAUUUGGAGUUUCCCCUCCAGGAAAAACCUCGACGACAUGAAGCGGACAAGGAGGGAAGGGUGCAGGGUGCAUUGCUGCUCCUUACUCCACGUUUUCUGCAGGAAAAGGCCCUUCACAAGUUGGGGAAUGAUAGCUGCGAACUAAGCAACCCUACUAACACGUAGUUGCACUUUGUUCCUCCUCCUCUCCUCCCAUCUCUCUUAAGUCUAAAUCAAGGGGUCUCCAACCUUGAUAACUUGAAGACUUGUGGACUUCAACUCCCAGAAUUCCUCAGCCAGCUUGGCUGGCUGAGGAAUUCUGGGAGUUGGAAGUCCACCAGUCUUAAAAGUUGCCAAGGUUGGGGACCUCUGAUCGAAAUGACCCAAAAGGAUGCUUAAACAUGAAUUCGGUUUAGUUAGCCAGUUUCCCUUUCAAAAACCGUUUCCCCCAUCAAAGGAAAGGCAGGCUUUUUCUGUUUUUUUGUCCCAUAAAGGAUGAGAAACAGAUUGGAAGGGAUCUACCGCUCAGCAAAUCAAUAAUUCCAGGAAUUAGAGCACCCACCAGGUUCUUGAUUUAGGAUCUCAGGAUUUCCUGUCCAAGACAGUGACAGGAGAAC